AUGGCUUUCAACCUCCCUCCUUUCCUCGCGCGUCUCGCCCGCCCCUUCACGCAGUCCACUCGCCUUUCUAUCGCUCCUGAUCAAUCCGCUGCAUCAGUUAUUCCUGAGGGCGCACAGCGCUGUACCGUGGCCGCAGGUUGCUUCUGGGGCACUGAGCACCUCUACCGUAGACACUUUGGCGAAAAGGGUCUCAUCGACGCAAAGGUUGGCUACAUCGGCGGUGAUCUCGAGAACCCUAGCUACCGCGCCGUUUGUGGCGGCAAGACUGGCCACGCUGAAGCCGCGCAAAUAAUUUUCGACCCGACAAAGGUCACAUACGCACAGCUCCUCGAAUUCUUCUACAAGACGCACGACCCCACGACGCUCAACCAGCAGGGCCCCGAUACCGGCCCUCAGUACCGCUCCGCUAUCUACUUCCACGACCCCGAGCAGGAGAAGAUUGCGCGCGAGGUGACGGAAAAGGCCAACAAGCAAUGGUGGAAAGGCGGCAUCGUGACUGAGAUUGCGCCUGCUGGAAAGUGGUGGACUGCUGAGGAGUACCACCAGCUUUACCUACACAAUAACCCCUCUGGUUAUGAGUGCCCCAGUCACUUCAUGAGACCAUUCCCUCCUCUGGAAUAA